CGCUAAGAAUUUAAUUAACCUCGCUUUGUUGCCGCAGUUUUAAGUGAAAUUUCACAUUUUGACAGAAAGAGCAGCAGCAGAUCAAAUCUCGAAAGCGAUUUAUUUGUAAAAAGAAUUAUACAUAUCUGUUACAUAUAUAUAUAUACAUAAACAAUAAUCGUUCGAUCAUAUUUUUAUUCUUGUGAAUAGAUUCAGAACAGAUAUCGAUUGCCAUUGUAGAAAUUUCAUUCAAAUAGAUAAAUUUGUUCCUUAUUCGAAACUUUUUAACUCUCAUUUACGAAUUAUAAGAUAAAUAUUUGUUCGUCAUUUUUAAACUUCAACAGACUCAUAAAUAUUUUUUUUCCUUUUUUUUUCUUUUUUUAAAUGAAAAUAUUUCACUUUUUUCUAAUCAUAAUCAAUGUUACAAAACACAAUAGGAUAAUCUGUUCCGCCUGGAUAUUUUUAGUGCCUGUCGACUUAAUAACAGUGUGUGGUACCACGUUACAACAUUCUUGGUACAAAAUUUGUCCAUCUAUUGUGCGUGAAUCGUUUGCAAGUUCGAAACAAAAGAAACGACGAGGAUUUUACAACUGUGACGAAAGAAAGUAUCUAACAGUUUAUAACGAGAAGGAUUUGGAUGGACAAAGAGCGUAGUUCCUGUGAAUCUCGUCUUCUUGAUAUUGAUUAUGUAAUAAUUUAAUUGGAAUUUAAUUGGAAACACUUGAGGUAUAUAAAAAUGUGUUAUUCGUAGAAAAGAAGCUAACGAAAAGGGAUUUGUAUUCCGUGCAAAGGGAUUGAAAAACGCGCAGAGACAUUAUGGAGCUAAUUUAGAGAAGAAGAAAAAAAGAGGAGGGAAAGGUCGUGGAUGGAACGGGAUGAUUCGUUACGCGGGCGAGGUAAAAAAGAGAAAAGAAAGAGGAGGCAGAGAUGGGCGAGAGGGGUGACAAGAGAGAAGAUACGACGAGGACCAAGAGAUCGCGGAAUGGAACAAGAGUGGAGUAAUCAAUACGCAUUCACACGCGGUGGCUGGCAUCCCGUUUCCAUGGUAACCGACGCUGGCGCAUGCGCAACCUGACCAACAUCAAACCGUUAUAGAAAUUUACUUAUCGUCAGAGACAAGUCCGUCCGUGUACGGCGCGGAACUACCAAUCGACGAGCUUCGUCUCGUUUCAGAUCCCUUCCACGAUAUCCCACGUGCGUACACGCGUCAACAUCGCGUUUCGAACCUACUGCAGAUGCAAUCCGGAUCCAAUUCUAUUUUCCAGCGUAACAAAUCAACGUGCACAGUCUUUCGAAGAGAAGGCUCAAACACCGUGAAUGAAAUUCUGUCAUUUCCAUCCGUUGGACGACACGUAAGAGCGAAAAGCGAUAUGCUCGUUCCUCUUGGAUCGAAAUAAAGUUAAUCGUGCACGAUUGCCCCCACGAUGACAGUCAUGCUGAUGUAUCGUUGUCACUAGUAGGGUACAGUAAAACGUUUCACUCUCGGAUGUUCACCCCCCUCUGGCCAAGUCAGAGGGGAUGGAAGCUGUGGAGUUUGCGGGUAACAGGGGGUGAUUUUCCUUCAGGCGCCUGCGUCGAGUCCUCGAUGACGACUCGUCGAGGUAGGUGCUCGACCCGGACGCAGUACGGAAGAAACGUCGAGCACGCAGAGUGCCGUCCUCGUGACACAUCUUACUCUUUUUUUUUCCCCCGUUUCGAUCCAUGGCAACAAAAAAACGUGGGAAAGCUUGCCCGGUGAAUUGUCGAAUUAUCGAGAAGAAUUGUCGAGCAUUGUUCGGUGAGCCUAUAAUUGGACGACGAUCGUCACGCGAUAUCCCCAGUUUUCUGUCGUUGCAGUGACCGUAAAUGACGAGGGACAGUUGUCACAGCCGAGUCGAGGAUUAUCAUUGGCUCGAUGUCGCGUCAAAAUAAAGAUUAACGUGCAAUCUUUGAACGAUACGAGUGAUAUUUCAUCCGAGCAGAACACUUUUUUGUCAACAUUCAUUGCAAAUAUAUAUAUAUAUAUAUCUCGCGUAGUGAAUGAGUAUGGUCAAUAUGUCGCGGUGAGGCAAUUUGGAGGAUGAGUUUCGUCUAUGGUGUUUCUACGUAAAAAUAUAUCAAAGGGGACAAUCGACGCUCGGUCUGUCGAUCGUUGUUACUUACUGCCACCAUCGAAAACAACAGGUUGAAUUGGUAGCGAUAUAUCGAUAUCGUGUAAAUAUCAAGAGAUAUCGUUCGAGAGAUUUUUCACAGUUGCACCGUGUAAACCAUUUCUCGGGCCACGUCAUCUCGCAAAUUCUGCCAAUUAGACGAUGUAUUUCCGGCAAAUCGCCAAAGUUAAUCGCCGAUAAGCAUCCCGAGAUGUUCUUACCACCAUAAAGACAGGCUUAGUCGCAUUUAAUCGGUUGCAUGUGGGUCACAAGUUGCAUUCGCCAAACCUAACCGGAUAGAAGGUUUACCGAGUAGAGAGGUAAGCUUGUUAAAUUGCGUUACGCUCCAGCGUUACCGCGCUUCCACUAAUAUAUAACGGUGUAAUUAAUUGUCUUCUUAACGCCCCUUCUCUUAAUGCUUCCCUCUCUUCACCAUUCCCUUAUUUUUCGGCGGGAUUCUUCGAGAAUUAUCGUGGGUCGAAGCAGCCGAAAAUCUCUUUACUUCUCCACCUUGUUACACAAAUACAAAUUAUUCGUUUUGCAGCACGUUUUCGAUCGCACGAGGAAGUUGAACGAAGAAGAACGGAUGAAAUUUCUGGAUAUUUGUAAAUCGUCAAAUCGGCUAGGUCGAAGUCACGUGGUGAAUGCAGUUUACAGUGUCCUUAACCUUCCGGAAAAAAUCAAUUCUUCGUUUAAUAAUCAGGCGUGCUCCGUAUCCUCUUAGAUAAACUUGGAAGGAAUCGUCGAAACGAUGAUUCGACGAGUGAAGUUCCUUGGCACGUAACGAAAUACUUAUAUCUCGAGGUGAAAUUAAUAAGAAAAAUAGGAGAUGUGCAAUUUUUCUCUCUCUCCCUCUCAAGUUUGCAAUCUUGGCAUUCUUCCCUGGAGAGGUUAUUCGCCACUUGGCGCUAAAUAUCUUUCCAACCGAUACUCGAUAAUAUUGGCUGUCACCGAGAACACACUUUUCGAAUCUUUGUUUGCAUUAAUUUCAUUUAUAGAAACCUAACCGAGACCAUAAUGCUCAGGGACACCGAUACGCCGAGCAUUAAGAGACAAGGAUUAUCACAUUUGGAUCACAUUAUAUCUCUGAUCUUGUUUUAAGGUUUCGUUUUGCGUCAUCCAUACGCUGGUUUGAAAACUGGCGGGCGAAAUGUGAAAAAUUUGAAUUCUUGGAAAUCCUUUUAUCUAACUUUUAUCGUUCGUCACCCGUGAUGACACUUUACAGGCCGAUUGUUUGGCCGAUUCGCAUCAAACGUGGUCCAAACAUGAGAAAUACGCGGGGUUAUCCUACCGCAAGUGACACCAGUGACACGCUCGAGGGUUUCUAGUGGGUGUCAUUCAAAAUACGAGCGAAACGUAGGGUAGGGACGUUUUACAUCGUAACGCGAUGUUGACAGGGAACCGUCUCCACUCGUCUCCCCACGACGCUUCCUCGUACGCGGAAUCUUUAAAGGAACGAGAAACGUUUCCCCGAUAAAGAGGAGGAUAUGGGCGAGAUUAAAAAUUUAUUCCGCGCUUCGAACGUUUCGAUGUAUAUUUUACCCCUUUUUUUCCUGUGCAACGCGCAGAGAUGACUUUUCGGGUUCGAUGCUCGCUGGAACGUGAAGAGGAAGAGAAAGAAACGCGAGGAAAAGAGAAAAGGCGGACGGUGAAAAGUGGUUCUUCGCAUGCACAUCCACCGUAACGAGAGGAGUCAUUCUUGAUUCUCUCGCGAGUGGAAACUUGCUCGCGCGAAAGACCUUGUCAUCUGCAUAAUUGAAAACUAAAAGAAAGAAAAGAAUAUCCAUCCAAUCCCGAGAUUCUUUCUAGAACGAAACUCCUCCCGGAGAGGAAAUUUUCUCUGCGUAUUUCUGAAAUAAUCGAUACCAGAUCGUCGUAUCACUCUCGUUCGUUUCAACGAGGGGGUGGAGGGCUGCUUUUCGAGAUACCACGCGUUGGAAUCACGAGGAAAAAAGUCAAGUCGAGGGAUUUAUCAUUUAAAAAUCGUCUCGAUUUUCCAUUUCCUCCAAGGGGAUCGAUGCACGUGCCGCUUCGAAGGGAACGAUCGUUGAACGAGCAACGGGACGGCAAAGGAACAUCGAGUAAUCCAGAAAUCAAGAGAAGCGCGAGUGUCGGCGCGGAUGGAGGAAAUUGUCUGACUACCCUCCCUUUUCGGCAACGCAUCCCCUCGAGUUAACCAGAAAGAGGGAGAGGGAGGGAGGGAAGGAAGGCUUUCAAGCGGAACGAGGAGGGGGAUCGAAAUCUGGCCGAAUCUUGCCGCUCGCGUUCGCGGCAUAUCGAGGCUGGAAAAAUAAAAUUCCCGCCGCCGGUCGAUAACGCGCCGGUUUCCGGCCUUGUCAGGGGAGGUUUGAAGAAACGCUUCCCCGUUGAACAGUCACGAUGGGAUAUCGUUGAACAAUAGAGAAAAAUAUUUUUGAAUUUCUAGAGGCACGCUCUUCGAAAGUAGAUUUUCAAUUAUCUUCGAUCUUAUUCCUGUUGGACGAGUUUUGUUUCGAAAGGUAAAGUUGGAUGGAAGAAUAUAUUGUGUGCGAUUUGCAGAGUAUUGGAAAUGCGCGAUGUUUCCGGAAAUUCAGAUCGUAUUCGAUUUGACAAACGCUCCAUCAAAGCUUCUAUUUCGUAAACGCAUUUCCAUUUGAAUUAAAUUCUUCAUCGAGAGAUGUCGACGAGCAGGAAAAUGUUGGUUGAAAAUAUUUCCAAGCUCGAGAUUUCCCUCCUCGGCCGUGCUGUACACCAGGCAGAGCGUGGGGAAUCCCAUUUGUAUCGGCGAGGAGCGUCUACCUAGCAUAUUGCCUUCCCGGACCACCUAUUUGCGUACGCGUGUUUGGGGCGCGUGAGGGUGCAUUCGUUUACCCGAAACUCGAUUUCGAAGCUUCGGGGGAAAAUGUGGAGCUCGGUUACCGCGGCAGGCACUGAGAACGGGCCCGCACCACCUUCCAGAAGCAAGCACAGCGCCACUUUACUCUCCGGCCACGUGUAUCUCCUCGGAGGACGAAACGGCAAUCUUCCCCUCAAGGACCUUUGGCGAUACAGCCUCGCCGACAGUAAAUGGGAGGAAUUGCAUCCUGGGGGGGAAAGGCCGCCGGCACUUCAGGAGCACAGCGCGGUAGCUUACAAGGAUUGCCUUUAUAUCUUUGGGGGAGAGCUCGGAUUUUCCGCGGGCACGGAAACGCCGCUUUGGGUCUACAAUGUCAAGACCAACGCGUGGAGGAAGGUGAGGGCGCAACGAGGUUGCGCUGUUCCGAGAGGCCGAAGAGGUCACACCGCUUUGGUUCAUCGUGGCCAGAUGCUCAUUUACGGUGGCUACCAGGAUUUGCGCGGCAGCUCGCCGGAAUUGUGGGCGUUCCAUUUCGAGACGGAAUCGUGGCAUCUCCUAUCCUCGAGCGAGAGUGGGCCAGCAGCGAGGCACAAACACUCGGCAGUGCUGCACGGUGAUGCCAUGUACAUUUACGGUGGUAUGACCGACCUGCAAGAGAGAAGCGACUGCUGGAGAUGGGACGUGAAUACCGCCUCCUGGUGCCUGUUGAGGAACAAACCGGGACCGGGCCCCCUCCACGGCCACGCUGCCUGCAGGCUCCCCAGUUGUAUGCUGAUUUUUGGCGGGGAGAGCGGUGGCUUGGCCACGAACGAGCUCUGGAGGUUUCAUUUCGGUACGGAAACGUGGGAGAAGUUAUCAGUGCCAGGUCCUAAACCCCAGCCAAGAGCGGAAAGCGUCGCGUUAGCCGUUUCCGAACUGUUGAUCAGAGGGACCAAUAUCGAUAAUUCGAAGCCGAAGCCGAAGAAUCAAAGGACGAGGCUGUGCAACAACAGGAUAUCGCCUAAUGAAGCGCCGGCCAGGCCGAGCUUUCUCAAGGAGAUUUCUAAAUUGUCGCAAAUUAAUCUUUCCCGGUUGAGCCACCCAACCAAGUGCAGCUAUUCCGUUUUAAGCGGGCAGGACGACAACGAGGAGAGUCCUCAAGAGCAAGUGGACUCGGAAGUCUGCGAGCCGUCCACGGGGAUGGUGAAGUCCCGAAGCGCUAACACGCUGGCCCGUCGGAGGCAAAAGCCGGCGGAAACCGCGUCGAAAAACGCGGAGACGAGCUGCACCAAUCCUGCCAACAAUUCUGGCAUGACCAGAGAUCCUAUCUCGGUGCCGAAUUUCCGCGCGCUCACCUUACCCACCCCUGUUCUCACGCCCGUGGAAGCGGCGAGGCUCGUGUUCGUCGACCUGGACGAGAACAGCGACAACGAGGAACGAACGGAACCCCCCACCUCCAGGCUGAUAGAAGUGCAAGAGGAGAAACGAGACUUUGCGGCCGUGCACCAAGCUUGCCAACCGACGCGGGGCGAGAGUUACAGCUCCCAUCUCUACGAGGCCGCUGUUCAAACGCCGAAAACGCCGACCGCCUCGAAAAUUCCCACGUCGGCUUCGGUUCGAUUCGCCGACUUGGAGGAGGGCGAGGAGUCGACGUCAGAUUACGCGAGUAUAGAGGCCAGAAGUCCUGGGGACCCCCUCGCCGACGACGAUUGGCCGUCGGGUCGAAGGAGCAAACAGUAUCGGCCCAUGGUUACGCCGUCGACGAUACGCGAGGGCCAAUUCGGCUUUUGCAAUCCGAAUUAUCUUGGACUGGACGAGACGAAGAAUCAUCAUUACCAUCAUCACCACAAUCAGCAGCAGCAGCAGCAGCAACCUCAGGAUGGGAAGUACGCGAAAUUAUUGAACAGCCCACCGGACAGUGUUUUAGAGGACGAGCCAGGAAGAUCUGCCUCGCAGACAUUCGCGGAACUGUUGGAGCUUCAGGAGAUCAAAAGAGUGCCGAGGGCACCGCCUAAAAGUUUACCGUUGGGUUCUCCGUCUAGAAGAGCAGUCAGUGCGUCGAGGGCCGAAAGGCAGAGGGCGAAGGUCGCCGCGAUUGAAGAGUCGGAGACGCCUUCGUACGGACCAGCGCCUCUUUACGUGUUUUUAGUUGGAGGGAAGGAAAAGGGCCAGGUCACCGUGUUUGCCAGGCCCGUUUCAUUGUGGAAAUUGCAAUUAGCGCCACACAUCUUUUAAAAAAAAUGAUAAGUACGUUCAGUUGGUUUUAUCUUAUAUAUAUAUUUCUUUGUUAUUAAUCUCGUCUAAUAUCUCUCUUAAAGAUUUCCGUCGAGUCUUCGAUCGAAGAAAGAUUUUCCCUCAGAAAGACUUCCUCCCAUUUGUGUUUUGAAAUAUUAUAAAAGAAGAAGAAGGAGAAGAAGAAGAAGAAAAAAGGCGAUCGAUAAAUGCACUUUUCUUAAUUGCCAAAUGUUAUAUCAUUGCAAUUAAUCGUGUUUAGCUCGUAGAAAGAGGGCUUUUCUAGUUUUCUAUUGAUAUAUUUAUUGUUGAAUACAACGCGUCUGUUCAGGUAAUACGCACUUUACUUCGAAAGUCCUGUCAAGUCCAUUUUCUAGUCAUUUUUUUACAAAUAGUAUUCAAGUCUUUUAAGUAUUCUUAUAUCGGAUAUUAUAUCGGAAAGUAUAUAAUUAAUAUACAGUGCAAUACGUGAAAUGUGAUUAGAAUGUAAGUAAUUACUUAUUCGAGUUUACAACGUCAGAUGAGAUAUAUUAUUAUUCCAUAGUUAUUUUCUUUAAAUUAUUUUUCUUCUUUUUCUACAUCUAAUUAUCCUUAUAUUAAAUUAUAUUAAAUUAAAAAAUAUUAUGUUAUAUAAAAUAAUUUUAAAAAUGAUAUUUAAAUAUUCUUUCUUUUUUCUUUUGAAUAAAUAUAUUUGAAUACUAUAUUGUUAAAUAAAUACCAAUAUUUAUAUUAAU